GCUCGUUUGCUUUGUUUGAUUUCCAUAUUGCAAGCGAUAAGACGUAUUUUCAUAUAGGACAUAUUAAAAACUGGACAGUCGUAUAUUGAUUUAAUUUGACGAAUUGCUACUCAUCAUGAUAUUUAUGGCGCCAUUCCAAACUUUCUUCAAACAGAUAACAUCCUAGCGUCUUAUAUUUUACUCUGCGACUGCGAUUUCUAUAUAUAUAUAUAAGGACCUGAAAUUACCAUAAAAUUUCUUUUAAGCUAGUCCAUUUCCAAUGAAAACUUUACUAUUUAUCGCAGAGAUCCUAUUAUUUUUUAUUUUUUUCCACGUGAAAGGAAACUUCUUAGGAGGCACCAUCAGCAGCUACUUCCAUAACAAUGUCGCUAGAUUAACAUACAGACUGGUGUGGGAGAGGGGUACAGGACCCUGUGGUCCAUCAUGUUCUGAGCAAGACAUCGGAAACCUAUUCAUAUCGCUACCGCCUGCGCUUUCAUCUUUAAAAUGGCGGUGCACCGCCGGAUGUUCCACCAUCACGGACCUACAUGACGUCAGUUACACGUUAACAGCCGUCAGUAGCAGCAACGUGUCUGGAUGGGAACAAGGAGAGCGUUACUUCUUUUAUCGUGGGUGGACAAUAAACAACACAUAUGAAAUCUCAUUAAAUGGGCUUGAUUGGUUGGCCUCCGCCCCUGGACUGGGUAAGAUGGUGGCUGGUUUUGACUUUGGUAUACGUAAUGAUACUGGCGUGCCUAAUGCCAGCCCAAUAUCCGCAGUACCAUCAGUUCUGGGUAUUCAGUUUGGAUGCACUACAGUGAUCAACAUUCCCGCCGACGACCCGGAUGCAGAUUCUGUACGAUGUCGUCUGGCCAGUCCAGGCGAAUGUGGAGAUGCUUGUACUAGCGCUCCUAAUAUAACGCUGAGCUGGGAGACAUGCUCCCUAACUAUUCCUGCUACUACUCAGUAUGGUUACGACCCCAACAAAGACUACAGGAUCACAGUUAUGGUGGAAGACUACCCAGAUUAUACAAUAUCUGUCGGAGACCAGGUCAGGUCCAUCCGAAGGCCCAUCAGCAAAAUACCCACUCAGUUUACGAUACGGACAAUUGCAAAACGGCAACCUUGUGGAAACACGGGAAUGAUAAUAGAUGGAAUCAUCCCCAACCCCCAAAAUCUGUUUCGUGUAUCUUACGGAGGAAAGCCAUUAGAGUUCAAUGGAGCUGUAUAUAUGCAGUCACCAGAUAUCAAUGAUACCAACUUCAUCACCAGUUUCUUUGCCGGUGUAACCCACACGAUUCUUAUAGAUGACGAAAACUCCACAGCUGUGAGAUUCCGCGAUGACGUCAGACGGAUUCAGUACGUCUGGAGCUUGAGUAGUGUCGACUCUCGUCAGUAUGCCGACACUUUGCUGUGUGUUUGGGGACAGGACAUGGAAGGAUUAACGACAGACAGAUUCUGCUACACAGCAAUAUUAUUAGACGGGGAUGACUGCGGGGGGCAUACAUGCCGUCAUGGCGGAAAGUGUGUCGAUCUCUUCAAAAGAUGGACGUGCAAGUGUCCCCACGGAUACAAACCAAAAGAUUGUUCACAUAAAGUAACGUGUGCAGACUUUCCUUGUAAAAAUAAUGGAACGUGCGUUGAUACGGGAACUAUGUACACAUGUGCUUGCGCUCCAGGAUUCACCGGACUUGACUGUGAAAUAGAACUUUUAAACACGGGUCCAGGACCAACCAAAUCGGAUUUCAAAGUCGCCCCAGCAAUUGUCGGUUCCAUCGCAGGGGUUGCCUUGGCGUGCACAACAGUAGGAUGUUGCUGGUGGUUUCUGUUUGCAGCCAAAAGGCCAGAUUCAAGAGAGAAGAAAAAGAGAAGAGUGGUAGAGAAGAAAAAGAGAAGAGUGGUGCCGGAAGAUCUUCAUAUGACACAAAAUGAGGAUUUACCAAUAACCCAUACAACGCAUAGCAAAUAAAGGAACAACAAAAGCAAAUGAUUAUACUAUUGUCCAUUUUUUUCCUAUUUCGGGACAAAUACAUGUAUUUUGUGAAGAUUUACAUUAUUUCCUUUAUCUAUGGUUUAUGAUUAUGCCAAUUAUGAAAAAAAUGACGUUACAGCUAAUCGUAGGAAAUGACCGGUUAAGUCUAUAAGCCUAGUUCUAUGUUUCCUAUAAACUUUUGAAUUGUCCGUAAAUUUUAGGCAUGCAUACUGGAUUCCAAACACAAACGCAUAGUACGCUUUCUGUGCAAAUACGUAUAGAACUGAAAAUGACAAUGGAUGAGAAAGAGUGUUGGUUUAUAUUAAAGGGUAUCAAAAUGUU